CCCGGAGGAGGACCUGGGGGAGGUAAUGGUGGUGAAGGGGUGACAGAAAAGGGAGGAGGAGGAGGGACAGGGAUCAGCGCUAAACAAGAGUCUGGGAAGGUCUCCAUGACGCUGACCAAACGUGAUCUUCUCAACCAGAUGGUCAGUCAAACGAAGCAACAUCGGCAGCAAAUAAGGACCCUGGAGAACGAGUUGGAACGCCUGAGGUCGGGAGAUGUCUUGAACAAGUGUGAGGUGAACAUCUCCGAGGUUGAGUGGCGACCUGCAGACGUCGUUGGGGAAGGUUCUUUCUCCACAGUUUACAAAGGAACUUAUUGUGGUACGGAAGUAGCUAUAAAGGAACUUAAAUUUAAGCUGUCUCAGGAUGACAAGAACUAUUUCCGUUCGGAAGCAGCUCUCCUGCAGCAGCUGCACCACCCACGCAUUGUGCUCAUGAUGGGCGUGUGCACCUCCUCAGCUAGACCUUCCAUGCUGCUGGAAUACCUGGCUGGAGGCACCCUGUACAACCUCAUUCACACCCAAACAAGAGAUAGGCUGGACCACGCAGCAUACUUCGUAGUGGCCAAAGAUAUUGCCCAGGGCAUGAAUUACUUACAUCGACACGAUCCUCAGGUUCUCCAUUUGGAUUUGAAAUCAAUGAAUGUGUUGCUUGACUCGUACAUGCGAGCCAAGAUAGCAGACUUUGGGUUUUCUAUACUGAGACGCUCGAGGGCCGGUUCACCUGCACAACGGGGGUCAAUCAGGGGAACGCCUGCAUGGAUGGCCCCGGAGCUGCUGACAAAAGGAGAGGUGUCUGCGAAAUGCGACGUUUACAGCUUUGCCAUCAUCUUGUGGGAAAUGUUGACUUCCAGUCAUCCCUUCAAAGGUUUAGAUAUAUUCCAGAUAAUGGAGAGAACUGAGUCAGGGGGACGACCAACGCUUCCUGUGUCAAGAAUGUCUAGAGAACUGAAGGAACUUAUCACUUCUUGCUGGGCCCAGAAUCCUUCACUUAGGCCAAGUUUUGAAGAGAUAUUGGGGGCUUUAGAGACUGCUGCUGUACCAUCUUCCUGGCGAGGGCUUCUCCACAAAGCUAAUAUCAAGUCAUCACAGCUUUCUGAUGUAGCUGCUGCAAGGACCAUCAUCAGUGUAGUUGAACAAAGUGUAGAGCUGGUACGACGCUCCCUCCAACAACAGAGAGCUAGUAAAAACCGGGAACUAAAAGGAAGGGAACUAGAUGAGAGUGAGAAUAUGGCAAAUGUUUAUGAUACACUGGAAACUGAUAUUGGUAAUUUAAUAGACAUUGUUAAGCCACAGCCACGACUAAAGGGUGUGUCAUCUUCAAGAGGCAUGAAAGAUGAGUCCCCUAGUCGACAAACUUCCCCAUACCGCAGAUCUUCACCCACCAGACAUCCAUACUCACGAGAUACAUCUCAAGGUAGAGGUCAUAACCUCAAGAAGAGCCAAGUAAGGGAUUUCAGUCCUCACAAAGAGGCCAUUAGAGAGUCUUCAAGCAAAGUCUCCAGGACAGCUCUUGGUGAUAUAAACAGAAGGUUAUCUGUUAAAGAACUUAGAAACUCGAGUGUUGAACAUAGAAACAGAUUAGACCGCAGCAGGCAGAGGAAAAAAGACAGUCAUUCUGAAGAAGUUGCCCGGUACAGAAAUGACAGGCUUAGCUCGGAGAAGUUUGCAAAAGAAAAUGACAGGCGUAGAAAAGGCCGAGAGAGAGAUCAACUAGGAGUGCCUGAUAUUCCAAAAGUUAGAAAUAAAUCUAACAGGGACUGUGAAUUUUAUGGCAUUCAGGAGAACUGGGAAUAUGAAAAGAGUAACUUUAACCGUGGUAAAAAAGAACCAAAGCAGAUAAUUGAACGAAGUAGUAACAAGGCCAAAGCAGGGAAGAAAAAACGGUCAAGAAGCCUGGAGAGCAGUGUCAGAUACAAUGAUGUUCAUAUGGCUGUUAGAAGUCCAGUUAGACAACAUGGUGGAGGAAGUGACAGACACUCAGACUUGCCCAGGGAUAGAAAUUAUAAAAAAAGAUAUUACAGAGAACAGAAUCUCUCACCUGAGCAAAGGGGGUUAUCAAAAAAUCACCAAAAGAAUUAUGAGAGGCUAGCAGACAGUAGAGACAGUCUUGGGGAUAGCCAGAAUGAGUCUUGGACUAGCAUUGAAGGUAGCAGUUAUGGGGAUUCCAACAAUCCUUUAGAUGAGUUCGAGGAUCAUUAUUCAGAAAAGGUCAAGCGAAGAUAUUCACCCAGUCCUAGAAGAGCUUCCCCUCAGCGUCACCUUUCACCAUCUCGCAAAGUGAGUCACCACUCACCUGAGCAACCUGAUUACAGCUACAGUCCAGAGAGACAUCGUUCUCCUCGCAGUCCAGUCCGAAGGAGGGUAACAGACUCUCGGUCGCAUUUUGGCCCAUUGAUGGUGACAUCUGAACAGCUGUUAAGUCAAAAACAAAGGUUGCGUCCUGUACGACCAUCUGAAUUGUCUGAUUUAACAAAUAUGCCCGAGAACUCUCUCAAUGACAUAUCAGUUAUUCUCAAAACUGCCAUCACAAAACGUCGUAAUGCCUUUGAUGAAGGAAUGAGUGGCCGAGACUCUUUCCGAUCUGAUUUUGAGUGGUCUGACUGGCACUAAUGGUAGAUAAUCUCGCUUGUCUCCAAAGUAUGGGAUGUACUAUAAGGCACGACCAGAUUUAGUUUCAGAGCUUUUUUUUCAUACGAUUAGCAUCUUUACACUCAUGGUAAUAUUGAAGGUGAUUUUAUCGAUUUAAUAAUAAAAUGUAAGUAGAAUGAUUAUUUAAUGACCAUUCUACUUACAACGAAUGACAUAAAUGGCUCUAAGUAGUUAUGUACACGUUGGAUAAAUAUUACUCACCCUUCCUGAUAUUGACUUUGUAAUGGACAUUAGAACAACGUUUUAGUAUACUCGAAAAAAAACUUAGAAUCUUUUGCCAAAGUCAAAAAAAGUCAUGAUCGUUACUGCUCUAGAGUUCUUAGCUAGUGAAGGAUCGGAAGAUAUUUUCCUUUCAUGUACAUUCUGAACGUAAAUUUUAUAGUAUUUUAUCAUACAUACCCCUCUAUUUCAAGAGAGGUUGUCAUUUCCUUAACUUGUUGCCUCCCACUGCCAAAUUAAGAUUAUCAGUAAUCCAGAAAAGAUACUUAGUAUUCUUUAUGAACUGGGAGGGAGUCUCUUGUCAGUGUUACUAGUUUGUCUAUAUUGUAAAAAUAAUACCAUGUUAUUUCAUCUAUACUUGUUGUUGUUGAGUUAUAUUGAUAUACUACUGUACAGUGUAAUAGGCGUGUUUUUAGACAAUCUUGUUUUUGUAGAGCAAAAUAAAGCGAUGGCAUGACGACUCAUAACAAAAAUAGAAUUUUUGAGAUAUUUUUCAUCCGAAGCAUUCACCUUCAAUUCAUACAAAGGGAAAAUAACUUGCAUCUAGCCUGGUCAUGUGAAAAGGUUAAUAGUACAGAUAACGAAGACUUAUUUAUGCAUGUAGUAUAACCUCAUUUAAAAUUUGGGCAAUACGCCCUUCAUAAAUCAUGCCCUGUGAACUGCCGUGGUAAAAGUGAGAAAAUUGAAGUUUAUUAAGACAGAUAUUAUUAUUAUGAAGUUUCAGCAUCCCCUUCUAAAUUGCAUGUCAGCUCACAAACAGCUGUGACUAUGCACCACCAAACAAAGUUAACAUAGUAAGAGGGCUGCUUAAAAUCAGUUCUGUUUGUACUUGAAACUGCCAUAAAGCUUUAUUAAACUUGUUAGUAAUAUCAAAAUUAAAAUGAAUUUAGCAAUAGCAAUGAUUACGUAUAUGACAAACUGUGAAUCUGAAAUUAUGAUGUUCAAUCCAAUAGUUAUUAAAAAUAUUUAGCUGAAUUCCUAAUAGGAUUUGGGUUUGCACAGGUUUGUUCAGUUUUAUAAUAACUACUAUACUAAUCAAGUUUUGCAAAACAUACUGUUCCUUUGAGUGUUUUUUUAACAAUCGUUGAGAUUUAUUUGUACCCCAUAAUGUUAGGAUUUGCUCACCUGCCGCAAAUGCUCCUCCCUCAGUGCUCUACGAUGAUAAAGGGACAAUAAAUGAAAAAUACCUGUAAAGGAUUAGAUCAUAAUUUUUUAGAAUUUUCAUCAAGAUAGUAGACUAUGUUCACGCUGCUACCUAUGUAAAAAAAAAAAAACUUGACAAGAUUUUAUAUGGGUAACAUCAAGUGGUUAUCUGAUGUAAAAUCUGAAGCAAGGUUAGUAUUUCUGUAGUAAUGCUGGGUUUACUUUGAAUCUUUAAAGUGACUCCCCAGCCUGAUAAUUUUAUCUAUCUAAAUCAUCAUAUCUUUGUAUAAAUAGACAUUUGGUGAUUAACUCAUAUCUUUGUAUAUGUUCUUGAGUAAAAGAGAAGCCUUCAUCUGUUGCUUUCUGUACCCUUUCCUCAGAUCAUUGUUUAAGGAACUAUUGAUGUAAAGGCAUUUGGAGCAAACGUUCUGAAAAAUAUGGCAUACAUUGAAUAAUUUCUGUAGGUUUAGAAUCCUUGCAAUCAAUACUUACGUCAAAUAAGAUUAAUGCAGAAUGCAUAUGCUUGCAAGUGAUGCAAACGAGAUCUGGCGUGAAAGGUAACAGAAUAUUUAUAUUCGGAAUUAGAAUUUACUGAAGUGCAAUUAAUGUAUAGUGAGUUAUGGAAUGGAAACAUUUUACGAGAAUAGAUAACCUUAGUUUUGCUAGUUUAGCACCAAAUCUCAUUAACUAGGAUGAUUGCAAAUCUAUGCCAAGUCUUUUAAGGCGGGCUGCUAUUUCAUUUUUCAUCAGGGGAAAGUGAACACGUAAUAUCAGUUGCAAAUGAGUUGCAUUAUCUUUUUACAAACAUUGUACUACAGAACAUCAAGCGAAAAGGCAACAAACAAAAGCUCUAUAAACCUGAAUUUAAAUCGGUGAAAGUAAUCAAGUAAAUAACCUUAUCUCAAAAUAACCUCAUAGCAAUGCGACAGAUUUGAACAAUUCUGGGGCUUCAAGUAAACGUUGGAAUUUCUGAUGCUCAUACUGUGGUCCUGGGGAUUGCGAGGGCGUUCGUAAAUGUGAGGAAAGCUUGGGGGUUUGAUAGAGAGAUGUUGUGUUUGUGGAACAUCCCAGUCUGUUUUGAGGGUUGUUCUCUUAGGGUUGUAAAUUUAUUUUGAAAAAAUUGUUGCUCUGUACAGAAGCCUAAUAAGGUGAGUUAUUGGUUAUACAUUUUUUUCUUUUAACUUACAAGCUAUCUAGACAGUUUUGGUUAGGGUGGCGAUGAAAAUCUCAAUUGAUAUGAUUAACAACUUUAAGGGUAAAGGAGACACAAUUGCUUGGUUAUAAAAGGUAAAAUUGGUCGCCAAGCUUCAGAAAGUGAAUGAUGUGGCUGCAUUCAUUCCAUUUUUUUAGGUGAUGCACUGGACUUGUAUUUGGAAAUAAAAGAUGACCAAAGGAUAGUGAAAAGAUUGAAUAAUUACUGAAAGAAACCUUUUCAGAUACUUUUGUAGCAUUUGGGAAAUUAACUCAUUCAAGGUGGACGGGGGAGCAGGUAGAUGGCUUUGCAAAUGAAUUAAGAAGGUUGGUAUGGUUAGCUGGGUUUAACGGGGAUGGGUUGGAACAGUGAGGUUGUCAUUUGUGAAUGGUAUGACUCUACUCAGAUUUUUUACUGCAUUUGCACUCACUCGCAGGGGUGCCCUUUUAGCUCAGAAAAGUUUCCUGCUAGCUGAUUGGUUGCAAGUACUUUGUCCAAAUAGCAUCAUUGUUUUUAAAUAAUUACCAAGUAAUAUGAAUCGAAACUUAUUUACUAACCUAAAUUUCUCCCUCAGAUAUAUGUUUUGUCAAUAGAUAAUGUUGACAAAUAAAGAGUUUAUAAAAGUAUUGUGUUGGUAAGUCUAAAUUUAACAACAACGCCAGCCGAAGUCAACAAAAGAAGCUUGUUUUUGGAUGACACUGCAUAAUUAUUUUACUUUUCACAUAUUUUAACACCAAUUGGAAUAAAUUACACUAAGCAUAAGAAAUACAUGUUAUUAUAAACUUUCUUUGAAUGCUAGAAUCUACUAAAAACAUGGAAUUAAUAAAAAUCGCUAUUGGUGAAAUCUUCCGGGGAGGUAAAAAGAACAGCCUGUAGCAGCCUGAUAUGAAACCUGUAAAAUACAUUUUGUACCGUGUGUCAAUAAGUAAAUAAAUAAUGAUGAUAAUAUAAAUUGUAUGCUGUGUAGCAAGUAUAGCCUAUUCUGUAAAC